AUGAACCCGGACACUCUCACGCAACAUCUCGGCUCUGAGAUUGACGAUCCGGACGAAGAAACCUUUGUCCUCUUCUCCCAAGACAUACCCUCGGGAAACCUGGGCUUCAUCGACCCCAGGGCGUCGGCACUCGACCUCACCAUUGCCGGCCGGGACCUGACGAUCCACCAGUCCCCGGCCGUCCUCUCGUCCAACCGCCCCGGCGGAACGACAGGGGCAGUCGUCUGGAAAGUCACCCCCGUCUUCGCAGAGUGGGUAUCCUCCCCGGCCAACCUCCUCUUCCGGACCGGCGCCCUCUCGCGCCGCUCCGCCGUCCUCGAGCUCGGGUGCGGCAUCUCGGCCGUCGUCGGGCUCGCCCUCGCGCCCUCCGUGUCGACCUACGUCCUGACCGACCAGGCCUACGUCGCCCGGCUCGUCGAGCAGAACAUCGAGGAGAACCGCGGCGCCUGCUUCCCGCCGCUGCCGCCGCUCUCCUCCAAGAAGACGGCGUCGGCGUCGUCGUCGUCGUCGUCGUCAAAAAGCCGAGCCAGGCCGGCACGCCAGCAGCAGCACGCCGCCGCCGCCGCCUCCUCCUCCUUCUCCUCCUCCCUGCUCGGCGACAGGAUCCGCUUCGUGCCGCUCGACUGGGAGACGGACGAGGUGACGGCCGCGGCGCUGCUCAGCCCGUCAGCAGACCAGACCAGCUUCGACGCCGUCAUCGCCUGCGACUGCAUCUACAACGAGGCCCUCAUCGCCCCGCUGGUCCAGACGUGCGUCGACGGCUGCCGCUUGCGGCGGCCGCCCGGCCGGAACGAGGAGGAGGAGGAGGAGGAGGACGCCGGCGGGCCGCCCACGGUGUGCAUCGUGGCACAGCAGCUGCGGGACUCGGGAGUCUUCGAGGCGUGGAUCAGGCACUUUCACGAGGCCUUCCGCGUGUGGAGAGUGCCCGACGCAGAACUGCCCGACCGACUCGGGCCGGGCUCUGGCUUCGUGGUGCAUAUCGGCAUACUGCGGGAUACAUAA